UGGCAAGGGAGAUACCGUGAUCAAGAAGGCGGUUCACCCAGGGUGAGGCUCAGCCAUUGCACUCCGGCUGUGCUGACCCCUGCGAAUUUCCCAAAUGUGGAAAUCUCGAUUGCAUAAUUUCUGGUAGUGGGGGACUGCGUUCGCGCUCUCCCCUGAUUCAUUUGUAAAAGAGAAAUAAAGUGAUGCUCCAGUCAGUUGAACUGCAGAUGAUUCUUACCUGGCAACACCUUGUUCAAGAAGGUUGUUUAAUAUGUUGGUUGACAUCCUGUGGAUAUUAAGUCCUCUAUUCUCGCGCCAAGACCGCUGACAAGUUCUCCUUCACAAUGUCUGCCCCUGGGGCACGUCGGAAUGCUGUGCGAUUUGAGCUUCAAGGAAAUAUAGAAAUGGAUAGACUUCAGUUCAGCCGACUUGUUAUCCAGAAGGAACUGGGCUUUACUGCACCGCAACUGGACUGUCUUCGCCCUGCCAGGAAAGAAAGCCUUUGAGGUGAUUUUUGCUACUUUUACCUUAUUUGAAGUAUGCAUUGAACGUUUUCAACAGAGGAAAGCUAGCAACCCUGGCCUUAGCCAUGUGCUCAUAAUACCACUAUCUGAAAGAGAUUCAAGGUCAGUGACUGUGGUUAUGUACUCUGAAAAGGUCAAAACUGAAGACAUCCAAACUUGGCUCUCCUUUUAUUGUACAGUUCAGCGUGGUAUGGAACUCAGAGAUGAGGAUGGUAUUAGAACUGGCGCUAGACGUUUCUUUGUUCGCCUGAAGAGAGUCACAGAGACACUGCAACACCUGCCGUCAAUAAUCCAAUUAGGACCUUUUAGAGGCCAUGUCUUUUAUGCAGGCCAGCCCAAAGAAUGUCGGAAGUGUGGGUCUUUAGGUCAUCUAGCAGCAGAAUGCACUGCUACUUUCUGCAGGAAUUGCAGGAGCGUAGAACACAAUACAAAAGACUGUAAGCAACCAACAAAAUGUAACUUGUGUGGAGCUACAAACCACACCUUUAGAGCAUGUCCACAUACAUAUGCUAACAGAGUAAGGCAGAAUGACCCCUACAGGCCAGAGGAGGUACCGCAACAAAACCAACCCCCUCUCCCCCAGUCAGUGAGUCAUCCCAAAGAACCAAGCCACCAGGGAGAACCUCAAAGUAAUGUAGACCAACAAUUGAUGACGGAAGACAUACAGAAAGAACAUCAUGAACAAACAAAUGCCACCGAAGGUGUUAAAGAUUGGAGCUUUGAGCCACUCACCACUGUAGGCGAUAAGGAGACAUGUAUGACUUCUACACCUAACCAUCCGACUCAGCUGCCAAUAUCAAACAGUGAAAAUCUGCUAGCCAACAAGAAGUUAGAUGAUGCAGAGUCAAGAUCAACUGUAAUCUUCCCCCAGGAUCUUCUAGAUGCUUUGAUGUCAGACCCACCGGUAACAUCAUCAGAAUUACCCCUGCCAGCCAAUCAAACAAGUAUCAUCUUACUGGAAGCUGCAGGUGUUGGCCACCUCUCACCAUCUAUGCUCACGGAUAGCUCAUCUGAAGUACCCCCCAUGCAGUCACGUAAAAGACACCCAGAGAAGUCAGACUUUUCAAGCGGAUGUGCUGACACAGACACAGACGAGGAAACCUGGCCGGCGUCCACAUCUACUCCUUUUCUGGACUCAGCCUGCCUUAGUGCAUUCUCUACAGCCACUCAAAUGAUGAAUAUGGGUGGCGCGUAGCACAACCAUCAACAACGUGGACGUGCCUUAGUACAAAUGUCUGCAUGGAAGCAGCAGCCUGGAAGGAUUCUGCCGAAAAUGUGUAGACUGUAUACUUGAACUGUAAGUAAAUUAACCUUACCUGGCAAGGGAGACACAGAGAUCAUCACCCAGGCUUUCUAAUGGAACAAUCGUCAAGUUGGAUUUCAAGAACCUCGCUUGCAGUUUCGAAGAGGACUGCUGUGAAGACCUGUUGAAAAAUCACGACGUCCAUGACUCGUCAGAAUGCUGUCUGAUUUGAACUUCGAGAGAAUCUGGAGAUGGACAUACUCCAGUUUAGGCGACUUAUUCAGAGCGAUCUUGGUUUUUCAGCACACCAGCUUGACUACGUCUUUGACCUGCCAGGGAAUUUUUUUUCUACUUUCACCUUGUUUGAAACAUGUAUAGGCCGUUUGAACCUGAAAACAUUUACCACUUUUUAUACGGCGAUCUGAAAGACGCCAGAACAGUUACCGCUGUUAUGUAUU